UCACCAACUUUGGCUCUGUCAGCACAACAGAUGGUGACCCAAAGCACAGUUGAUGUAACAGCAGCUUUCAGACCGUUGGAAACUUCUCCUUGUGUCUGCAUGGCAUAGCAGGAAACAAAAAGCAGAAGGGGGGGAUGAAAGAUUCGUUUCCUUUCAGAAAGGCCCUAAUAUCAAACUUGUGUCCAAAAACCAAGAAGUGACUCAAGACCUAUUUCAAGCAUCACAUUUGAUCCUUGCAUCUUGUUGAGCCAAUGUGUAGUUUUAUGUGACAGAAAUUACACAUCCAUGGAGUUUACAACAGCGCUGGCAUUCACCACGGACACUGACUCCAACCAGACCUUCAGGAAUGAGUCGUCGGAGGCCUGUUCACGUGACAGUGCUCUGAAGACAAUCGUGUUCCCUCUUCUCUACACCAUCCUCUUCAUCCUGGGCUUGUCACUGAAUGGCCUGGCAGCAUGGGUGUUCCUCCGAAUCCCCAGUAAAUCUCACUUCAUCAUCUAUCUGAAGAACAUCGUGGUGGCCGACAUUAUCAUGACCCUCACCUUCCCCUUCAAGAUCCUCGCCGAUGCGAACUUAGCAUCUGUCGGUGAGCGUGUGUUCGUCUGUCGAGUGUCAUCUGUGCUCUUCUACCUCACCAUGUACAUCAGCAUCCUCUUCUUCGGCUUGAUCAGCAUCGAUCGCUGCAGAAAGACCAUGUGGCCCUUUGUGGGCACCAACCCUAGACGCCUGCUGUACAGAAAGCUCCUCUCAGGCUUCAUAUGGACAUCACUGUUGGCUCUUUCACUGCCCAAUGUAAUCCUGACGAGCCGGCCCAGCACUUCAAGCCACUUUAAAUGCAGUGACCUCAAGACAGAGAUGGGCCUGAAGUGGCACGAGCUGGUCAACCACGUGUGCCAGGUGAUCUUUUGGGGAAACCUUGUGACAGUAAUAGUAUGCUACACACUCAUCUCGAAAGAGCUCUACAAGUCUUACGCCCGCACACGAGCUCAACACCAGGGAAGGCCAGGGACGAACGCCCCUCAGAACAUUCAAGCCAACGUGUUCCUGGUGUUGGCGGUCUUCUUUGUGUGCUUCGUUCCCUUCCACUUCUCCCGAGUGCCCUACACCAUCAGCCAGACCCGGGAAAGCAUGUUCGAUUGCCAGCACAAGCUGCUUUUCUUCCAGCUGAAGGAGAGCACGCUGUGGCUUUCCUCCCUUAACUCUGUGCUGGAUCCUCUCAUCUACUUCUUCCUCUGUAAGUCUUUCAGGAGCUCUCUGUUUAACACCCUGCGUCUGUCUCCGGGCCGCUGCAGGGCGCUCAGGGAGCUCGGGACAGACUCGGCCAGCACUCCUCAGGGCAACACACUGAUAUAAUGGAUAGACAGUGCUGUUGGGAACUCUCUCGUCCACUUGAACAUGCUACACUAAUAAUCUAACUGACAUUAAUAUUAUUAUUGUUUUAACAUAUUUUCAUGCUGCAACGGCUACAUGGGUGAGUCACUUCUAU